AAUUUUUUUAUAUUAAAAAUUAUUAUAAAUAAAAUUAUUUUAUUAAAUUAUUAAUUAUUAAUCUUAUAUUAAAUUAUUAAAUAAAAAAAAAAUCAAGAUAGCAUGUCAAUCUUAAAAAAGAAACCACUUCUAAAUAGAUUUCUGAAUAAUCGUAAUUCUCAAGAAGAAUCAAAUGUUAUUCCAUCACCUUCUAUUGCUAAUUAUACAAAAAAUUGUGAAGAUAUUUGGAUGAAUGAUAUGGAAAAAAGCAGUAUAAGUUCCGAAUAUAGUUCUGAACCUGUUAUAUGUGAUAUAAAAGAAAGACAAAUAAUAAAUCAACAACCAUGGAAUAUAGAAGAAAUUAUUUUGGCUCUAUCUAAUCUUCCAGCAGGAAAGCAAGCACUUUCUGUUAUUUCUACUCUUCAUGGAGAUAGUUUGAAUAAAGUUUUAGAUGAAUAUUUGAACACUGAUUAUAAAAACAUCACAGAAGAUAUUCACAAAACUACCAUAUCUUUAUUUAUAAAUAAACGCAUACAAAAUAAUUUAUUAGAUAUUGAAAAUGAAGCAGCUAUAAAUACAACUGUUCCAGAACUUUUUUUAAGAUGGCCAAGCACUUGUCUUUUAGUUUCUUGUUAUUUAGGUCAUAUAGAUAUAGUCAAAGCUUUAUUGACUAAAAAUGCAAAAGUUUCAGUUAGAGAUAGUGAUGGCAGGACACCAUUACAUUUGGCUGCAUGUACAGCUUCAUUAACGAUUUUAGAAAAAUUAUUACAAUAUGGAGCAAAUCCAUGUGAAUGGGAUUUUAGUAAAAAGUAUACACCUUUACAUUGUGCUGCAGCUACUGGAGAUCUUGCUUGUGUUAAAUGUUUAAUAAAAUCAGGAGCAGAUGUAAAUGCUGGAAUGUAUGGAAAAACUCCUCUUUAUUAUGCUGUUUUAAGUAAUGCAGUAGAUUGUGUCAAAGCUUUAUUAGAAGCAGGUGCCUCUCCUAAUAAUCCACAGGUUUAUACAGAAACGCCAUUGCAUGUAGCAGCUGGUUUAGGUUCUAUUGUAUGCACAAAAUUAUUAUUAAAUUAUGGAGCAGAUGUAAGAGUUCAAUUUGGUUCUAUGAGGUCCACUCCAUUACAUCUAGCAGCUGAAGAAGGUAGUGUUGAAUGUACAAAGUUGUUAUUAGAUGCUGGUGCAAUAUGUGAAGCAAAAAAUGCAAGAGGACAAACACCAAUGCACUUAGCAGUUUUAUCUCAAUCCAUGGAAACUUUAGAAAUACUUAUAAAUAUUGGUGCUAAUGUCAAUAUUGAAGAUAAUGAUGAUCGUACUCCAUUACAUGCUGCAGUUGCAAAAACUACUAGAGGAAUAGAUUUAGUGAAAAUAUUACUCCAGGCUGGUGCUUUAAUCAAUAAAGCAGAUAAAUUUGGUUACACACCUUUACACAUUGCGGCAUUAAAUGAAAGUUCAUCAAUAGUAAUAAUGUUAUUGUCAAAAGGAGCAGAUGUUACUGCUAGAACAAAAGGUGGUAUAUCUGCAUUAAGUUUUAUUGUACGUAGAACACCAGAUGUAUUGCCUCGAUUUAUUUCUCGCUUAGAUCAAGCAAUUUCUUUACAUGAUCAUGAAUUAGGUGAUGUUGAUUGUGAAUUGAAAUUAGAUUUUAGACCAUUGAUAUCAGGUGGUAGAGGAGAAACUGAUUUGAUGCUGUGUCUUGUGGAAGUUGGACAGAGACAUGUAUUAAAACAUCCUUUAUGCGAAAGCUUUCUUUAUUUAAAAUGGUUAAGAAUCCGUAAAUUUUUUUUAUUAAAUUUAAUAUUUCACUCCAUAUUUGUCGCUUUUCUUACUGCAUAUAUAGCAAUUACAUACUUGAGUAAUAUUGAAAAUACUGAAAAAUUUAGAAAAUUAUUUUUUUGGCUAGUAUUAAUAUUUACUGUGACAUUAGCUAGUAAAGAAUUUUUUCAAAUGAUUCAUGGUAUAUACAGUUAUAUUAAAAGAUGGGAAAAUUGGCUUCAAUGGAGUGUUGUAUUAUUAUCAAGUAUUGUAUUAAUUAUUCCAAUACAUGAGUGGCAAUAUCAUGUAGCUGCUUUGGAUAUUUUAUUAAUUUGGAUAGAAUUAAUGACAGUGAUUGGAAGAUUUCCAAUUUUUGGCCUUUAUAUACAAAUGUUUACUCAAGUAUCAAUUAAUUUUUUCAAAUUCCUAGGUGCUUAUAUAUGUCUUAUAAUAGGAUUUUCCUUAGGUUUCAGUGUAUUACAUAAAAAUUAUGAUUCAUUUAACAAUCCAUUAAUUGCUCUGUUAAAAACUAUUGUAAUGAUGUCUGGAGAAUUAGAAUUUGAGGAUAUAUUUUUUAGUUCAAAAUCACCAAUUUUAUACUCUGGCACUGCACACUUAAUGUUCUUAAGUUUUGUCAUUUUAGUAACAGUAAUUUUAGCAAAUUUGAUGAUGGGUCUUGCAGUAUCAGAUAUACAAGAAUUGAGAAGAUGUGCUGGAUUAGAUAGAUUAGUACGUAGAGCAGAAUUAGUAGCACAUUUGGAACAUAUGUUAUUUUCUAAAUUGUUAGAUUAUGCACCAAAUACAAUAAUGAAAGCAUGCAGACAAGGUGCACUUUUGUUACAUCCACCACAUUACUGUACAAUUCAUAUCCGUCCUAAUGAUCCACGAGAAAAACGUUUACCACGAGAAUUAAUGAAAGCUAUCUAUCGUUUAGUAAUUGAAAAAAAAAAUCGAAAUAUGAAAAAAAAAAUGCCUAUAUAUAAUACAUAUAAUAUAGAAAUGGAUAUUCCUAAAUUAAACCGACUUUAUAGUACAACCUCUAGUGACAACAAUCAACAACAAUUAAAUGAAAUAAUAGAUGAAUUACAAAGAUGUUUUUACAAUAUUAGUACACAUUUAGAUAAAUUAAUUAGCAAAGUUGAAAGCAUUGUUAGAGAUUGUAAUAAUUCUAGUACAUAGUAAAUAAUAUUUAAAAUAUUCAUUUAUUAUUAUAUUUUUU